CGCUCAGUCACGUGAGGAAAGCGGAACUAUGUUAGCAGCGGACGUAUUUUCCGUCCGGGUGUCUUUAGCAAUCGCACUGUUUACCUUCUGCUCAAAACAGUCAGAUAUAAGGAGACUCUAGUACCCCCUACCUCCGGAGACUCCAGGACCUCCAACCUCCGAAAACUCCAGGACCCCCAACCUCCGGAGUACCCCCAACCUCCGGAGACUCCAGGACCUCUGGAGCGCCGCCCUCUCCGCAGACAUGUACUCCCACGGGUCGGAGAGCCUCCUGAAGCAAGCCAGGGACAUCCAAGACGCUGAGAUGGCGAAGUUCUGCUCCAGGAUGGUUAAGCAGACCCAGGCCAGAGACCAGGGCCCCCAGGGCCUCCAGGGCAGGGACCAGGGCCUCGAGGCUGUGGACUCGCUGCAGAGGCUGCACCUCAUCCUGGCGGCCAGCGGGCGGGCGCAGAGUCUCCCCUCAGAGCUCCACCAGAGGUUGCUGGCUCUCCUCCUGUCUUCUUCUGGGGAGCAGCUCCAGGUGCUGUGUGCCGCGGUGCUCAGGGAGACAGCGCCCCCCUCUGACCACAAGCUGAACUACAGCCAGUGCAGCGGCGGCCGGCUGAACAGCCACGCGCUGGGGCUGCUGGUCACCCAGGUGUCCAAGGAGGACCUGCCGUCGCUGUGUGGCCUCCUGCUCCAGAGCCUGGAGGCCCCCGAGGGCCCCGCCCACUCCCGGGCCCCCGAGGGUCCCCCCCACUCCCUCACACACACCCUGCCGGCCCUCGCCGCCAUCAUCAGCCACAGCCCGGACUGCUUGACCGAAGAUCAUGUGACCCUCCUGAAUAAGAAGCUCAUUGAUUGGCUGCGUUACGCCAGCACCCAGCAGGGGGGCGGGGCUUCCUCUGUGGGAUUCUUCAACGGACCCAGGAUACGUCAGCCGGGCCCGGUGACGGAGCUGGACGGGGGGCCGUCGGGGGACUUCUUCACGGUGCUCUGCGUGGCUCAGGGCUUCACCGAGGACCAGUGGAUGAACGCCCACGCCUUCUCCCUGCUGCGGCCCUGGCUGCUGGCCUCCAGCGCCGCCCCCGGAGACAGCUCUGCUGAAGCUGACCCUCUCUCUCUCUCAUCACCACCAGCGGGCUGCAGGCUCCAGCUCAGUCUCUCCCAUUCCUUCUCCCACUGCACGGACGACCGCUCGGACGUGGACGGCUCGGUGGUUUCCAUGGUUUCGGCCACUUCCUCCUCCAGCCGUCUGUUGGCGCCCCGGGAGCGCCUGAGGGAGAAGAGCUUCCUGUACGCCCAGCGGCUCAUCGAGCAGAGCGACCGCAAGGCGCUGAAGCGAGCGGACUCCGAGCUCCAGAAGGCGUGCCUGGUGGAGGCGGUGCUGAUCCUGGACCAGGUGUGUCUGGAGGACGUGUCCCAGGUGUUCCGGGCGUUCCCGGCGGUGAAGGCCCUGUACGGCCGGCUCAGCCCGGAGCUGGGGGCCGCCCGCGUGCUGCUGGCCGUCGCCCAGUUCUACCUCAACCACGGGGAGACGGCAGCGGUGGACUGUGAGCCGGUCUGGCGGCUGGUGUUCGGCCGGCUCCCCGCGGAGCUCUUCAACGACCCCCACCUCGCCCACAGCCUGCUGCGCUUCACCCGCCUCCACCUGCACCACCUGCAGCCCCGCGUGGUGCAGUACACACAGGCCUUCCCCAACCUGCUGAAGUUCCUGGCCUGGGACAGCCCUGCGGUGCUGGAGGACUUCGUUGAUCUGCUGCCCUCUCUGGUGACGCCGGGGACUGCAGUGGAGCUGCUGCACUCGCUGCUGGACCUGCCCUGCCUCUCGGCCACGCUGGUACUGCAGCUCCGUUGCCUUGCCUUAUCUGCGGCGGGGGGGCGGGCCCAGCUGUCCCUGGAGGCCUUCCGUAGCCCCGCCCACCGAGGGCUCUUCCUGUUCCUGCUGCGCGCGGAGGCGGGCUCCGGCGACACCAUCGCCCGGCUGGCCACGCUGCACCGGCUGCUGGCCGAGGCUGCUGAUUGGCCCAGGGUCGUCCAGGCAGCCCAGGCCGUCCCCGUGCUGCUGCAUGUCUACUUCAACGCGGUUGUCACGGUAGCCAAUGAGAAGCUGUUAUCCCAGUUGGUCUCUGUGCUGCUGGAGAGGAGCAGUCUGCUCUUCAACAUCCCCACAUUCAUCAAGGAGAUCCACAGAGUGUUGAGCUUUCACCUGCUGAGGUUCUGUAAGCUCCGCCCCUCCCUUGUGGUGGACCAAUCACACGAGCUGCUGGAGUUUGCUGGGACAACAGCCAAUGCAUUCAGCAAAGAAGCUGUCUUCACCGACGUGGUGUGGCUGCUGGGGGAGGUCCUCUCUGGGGGCAGCGACCCCCGCUGUUCCGUGGAGCUCAUCACUUCCUGCUUCGAGUCUCUGGAGGCGGUGCUGUUUGAGGUCACUUCCUCGGCCCCGCCCCCGGGGGAGGAGCCUGUCGCUCCGAGGGUCAUCACGUCUCUGAUGAGCGCGCUCGCCAAGCUGGCGUCCCGGUCACAUGACCUCAUCCCCAGGGUCUCCCUGUUCCUCUCUAAGCUACGCGCGGCGGCGCGCGGCGGCGCGGUGGUCUGGUCGCGGGAGGAGGACCUGGUCGCCAUAGUGACGCGAGGGGAGGAGCUGUGCUCGCUGCUGAGGCUCCCGGGCGUGGCCCAGAGCGUGCUGACCCCGCCCCCACGCGGCCCCCGCUGGCACCGCGACCUCAACGUGGCCCCGAGCCUCCAGCUGAGGGCCCUGAGCGGCCUGGCCCUCCUCCACUGAGGGGGGGGGGGGGGGGGGGGGUGUGUGUGUGUGUGUGUGUGUGUGUGUGUGUGUGUGUGUGUGUGUGUGUGUGUGUGUGCGUUGGUCAAACGAUGAGACUCACUCUUGGUCACGUCUGGUCUGACGGCACUUUUCUAAAUAAAUGCAAAUCUGUGAAUUUCAACUGUUGCGGUCGAGACCAUGCAUUGAAAGUACACACGCAUACACACAAACAUACGCACACACAUACAUACACAUACAUAAACACACAUAUACAUACAUACAUAACUUACUCUAACACAAAUGGUGUCCUGGAGCAUAUUUCAUUUAUUGCAUAAUAAGUUUAGUUUAUUACACAAUUAAAUUAUGUGAUACAAGUCAUUCACUACCUGUGAUAUCUCAGAAUCAACACAAUAAGUAUUUAACCAUAGAAAUAGAUCAAUCAUUUGUUACAGAAAAAUAGAAUGUAUUUUAUUGUGUUUGCAUAUAAAAUAGUUAAUCCUAUCUGUAGUAAAUGUAAUAAACGAUCGGCUGUUCUCUA